AUGUUCAUUCUUCGAAAGGCUGACUGGAGUCAAUAUGCCUCAGAGCCAAUCCUGUCAGACGACAGCGAAUACGACUCCACGGGCGAAAACCGGUCCAGAUAUGAUGAUGGUCCCUCGAAUUCUGAGCCUUUGGGCGGUGGUAGUUAUAGGGAAGACCAGAUAGUGGAUGAUGGUGACGAUGGCGCAGAGUCGGACCAUGCCGUGGCGGAGGAUGAUCAGCAGGAAAGCAACACAGAGGCAAUUUCUGUCCUUGAUGACCGGCAGGACGUGAAGCCCGUAGUCCAGAAAAAGAGACGCCGAAUUCAACCUCCUACGUCAGUGAAGGCGGCCAAGCCGAGAACUGGGAUCCUGAGGGUCAAGGGCGUUCCACCACCCGAAGACUACAAGCAUCUCUUUGAAGGUGUGGCCAUGCCUGAUGCUCCACGCAGAGGACAAAACGAUGUCGGCAAUCGUGUCCUCAAACCCCCCGUUCCUUCUCCCGAAGUCGCUAAACCUUCUCCUACAAAGCAUCGAACGCUCCGCAACCGAAAAACCUAA